AUGCUGAAGGAGCUGCAGCUCUCCCUGUCGGUCGGCCUGCUUCUGGCCUGUGGCUUCCUCUACCAGCUCGCCCUGAAGUCCAGCUGCCUCUUCUCCUGCCUGCCUUCAUCCACGGCCCCACAGGGGCCCGAAGCCCUCCUGCGCCGGGGACGCCACCUGGUGUUUCUGGAGACCUCGGAGAGGAUGGAGCCGCCCCCGCUGGUCUCCUGUGCCGUGGAGUCUGCUGCCAAGGUCUAUCCCGAGAAGCCGGUGGUGUUCUUCAUGAAAGGUCUCCACAGCUCCCCCCGGCCGCCCUCCAACUCCACACACCCAGCCUUUUCUCUCCUCUCAGCAAUGGACAACGUUUUCCUCUUACCUUUGGAUUUGGAAAGCCUGUUUGAAGACACACCUUUGUCCUCCUGGUACACCCAGGUCAACAGCAGUGCAGAGAGAAACUGGCUCCACAUCAGCUCGGAUGCGGCUCGCCUGGCCAUCAUCUGGAAAUACGGUGGAGUCUACAUGGACACGGAUGUCAUCUCCAUCAGGCCCAUCCCCGAGGAGAACUUUUUGGCUGCCCAGGCAUCUCAGGACUCUAGCAACGGGGUGUUUGGGUUUCUCCCCCGCCACCCCUUUCUGUGGGGCUGCAUGGAAAACUUUGUUGAACACUACAAUGCAGACAUUUGGGGCAACCAAGGCCCCGGGUUGAUGACAAGGAUGUUGAGGGUGUGGUGCAAACUUGGAGAUUUCCAGGAGCUGAGCGACCUCAGGUGUCUGAACGUGUCAUUCCUGCACCCCCAAAGGUUUUACCCCAUCUCCUAUCCAGAGUGGAGGCGCUACUAUGAGGUCUGGGACACAGACCCGAGCUUCAAUGGCUCCUACGCCCUGCACUUGUGGAACUACAUGAACCAGGAGGGCCGGGCCGUGUUUCGAGGAAGCCACACGCUGGUGGAGCGGCUCUUCCGCAAGUACUGUCCCGAGACCCACAGGGACCUGCCUCAAGGCCCAACUGGGCCUGUGACCGGGAAGCUGGGUCCAGGGAGCAGAUAG